CUGGCCAAGGUGCUGGACCAAGACAGGCCGCUCGGCCACCUCGCUAGCUAAGGUAACCGCGGCAGCCGAGGCUGCUUCCCUCUCCGCUGGGUCCCCAUGGAAGAAAUGGAAGAAGAGUUAAAAUGCCCGGUGUGCGGCUCCUUCUAUCGGGAGCCCAUCAUCCUGCCUUGCUCCCACAAUUUAUGUCAGGCAUGCGCCCGCAAUAUCCUGGUGCAGACCCCGGAGUCCGAGUCGCCCCAGAGCCGUCGGGCCUCGGGCUCCGGGGUCUCCGACUAUGAUUAUCUGGAUCUGGACAAGAUGAGCCUGUACAGCGAGGCGGAUAGCGGCUAUGGUUCCUACGGGGGAUUCGCCAGCGCCCCCACGACCCCGUGCCAGAAGUCUCCAAACGGCGUCCGUGUGUUCCCCCCGGCGAUGCCGCCGCCGGCCACCCACCUGUCCCCAGCCUUGGCGCCGGUGCCUCGCAACUCCUGUAUCACCUGCCCCCAGUGCCACCGCAGCCUCAUCUUGGACGACCGGGGGCUCCGCGGCUUCCCCAAGAACCGCGUUCUGGAAGGCGUGAUUGACCGCUACCAGCAGAGCAAAGCCGCGGCCCUCAAGUGCCAGCUGUGUGAGAAGGCGCCCAAGGAGGCCACCGUCAUGUGCGAACAGUGCGAUGUCUUCUACUGCGACCCGUGCCGCCUGCGCUGUCACCCGCCCCGGGGUCCCCUCGCUAAGCACAGGCUGGUGCCUCCAGCCCAGGGACGCGUGAGCCGGCGGCUGAGUCCCCGCAAGGUUUCCACCUGCACAGAUCACGAGCUGGAGAAUCACAGCAUGUACUGCGUGCAGUGCAAGAUGCCCGUGUGCUACCAGUGCUUGGAAGAGGGCAAACACUCCAGUCACGAAGUCAAGGCGUUGGGGGCCAUGUGGAAGCUGCACAAGAGCCAGCUCUCCCAGGCGCUGAAUGGACUCUCAGACCGGGCCAAAGAAGCCAAGGAGUUCCUGGUGCAACUCCGCAACAUGGUGCAGCAGAUCCAGGAGAACAGUGUGGAGUUUGAAGCCUGCCUGGUGGCCCAGUGUGAUGCCCUCAUUGAUGCCCUCAACAGAAGGAAAGCCCAGCUGCUUGCACGUGUCAACAAGGAGCAUGAGCACAAGCUGAAGGUGGUUCGAGAUCAGAUCUCUCACUGCACCGUAAAAUUACGCCAGACCACUGGACUCAUGGAGUACUGCCUGGAGGUGAUUAAGGAAAAUGAUCCCAGUGGCUUUUUGCAGAUUUCUGAUGCCCUCAUAAGAAGAGUGCACCUGACCGAGGAUCAGUGGGGAAAAGGGACGCUGACUCCCAGGAUGACCACCGACUUCGACCUGAGUCUGGACAACAGCCCUCUGCUGCAAUCCAUUCACCAGCUCGACUUUGUGCAAAUGAAAGCUUCCUCUCCAGUCCCAGCGACCCCCAUCCUACAGCUGGAAGAGUGUUGUACCCACAACAACAGUGCUACGUUGUCCUGGAAACAGCCCCCUCUGUCCCCGGUGCCUGCAGAUGGGUAUAUCCUGGAGCUGGAUGACGGCAGUGGUGGUCAGUUCCGGGAAGUCUAUGUUGGGAAGGAGACAAUGUGCACUGUGGACGGUCUUCACUUCAACAGCACAUACAAUGCUCGAGUCAAGGCCUUCAACAAAACAGGAGUCAGCCAGUACAGCAAGACCCUGGUUCUCCAAACGUCCGAGGACACAGACUCAGAAGAACAGACACCCCCUUUUCCAGUGCCUUCGGAAAGAUUGCCGCUGCGUAGAAUGAGUCCUUUCUCCUCCACCCUUAAUCUACAACCCAGCUUCCCCGGGAGAUCCUACUUUGAUUUGAGAUCCUCACCCCACCAGCUGAGCUUGCAUUCCUCUUUACAGUCUCUCAAUGCACCGGGAUGCAAUUUUGAGACACAAUCUGCACCAUACUCUCAAUUAGUUGACAUUAAAAAGCUGUUGGCAGUGGCCUGGUUUGCCUUCGACCCUGGCUCGGCGCAUUCUGACAUCAUCCUCUCCAAUGACAACUUGACCGUGACCUGCAGCAGCUACGAUGACCGGGUAGUGCUGGGGAAGACAGGCUUCUCCAAGGGUGUCCACUACUGGGAGCUCACCGUGGAUCGCUACGACAACCACCCUGACCCUGCCUUUGGCGUGGCUCGCAUGGACGUGAUGAAGGAUGUGAUGUUAGGGAAGGACGACAAAGCUUGGGCAAUGUAUGUGGACAAUAACCGGAGCUGGUUCAUGCACAACAACUCGCACACCAACAGAACAGAAGGAGGGAUCACCAAGGGAGCCACCAUCGGGGUCCUUCUUGACCUAAAUAGGAAAACCUUGACCUUUUUCAUCAAUGAUGAGCAGCAAGGCCCCAUAGCAUUUGAGAACGUGGAGGGUAUGUUCUUCCCCGCGGUCAGCCUGAACAGGAAUGUGCAGGUCACGCUCCACACGGGACUGCCGGUCCCAGACUUCUAUUCCAGCAGAGCGUCCAUAGCCUAAGGCUGCUACUGUGGAGGCACCAGCGGCCUGGCCUUCCUCCAGCUGAGAGGGCAGCGGGGAGCUCAGCCCUGCACAGGGUGCCAGGAGCUGACCAGAGGAAGUGGAGAGAUAAGCUGGUGCUCCAUAGCCUCACACCCCCAGCUCAGCCCGCCCCCUCCCUCCCCUCCACCACUGUAAUGCCCAUGUUCUCUUCCACCUUCAGCCACUCUCACCAACAAAGGACCCAGACAGCCCACACGUCACAGCAUCGCCAUUCCCCCAUGUCGCUUUUCUUGACCUUAAUUUUUGAUGUUGGUGAGUUCUCUUUGGUUGGUUUGUUUUUUCUGAUCAUGAUUUUUUGGGGGGUGACUGACC